AUGCCUAGCAAUUUUGGACGAAGGUUGUACACCAGCUUCUGGGAAGCAGCGAACCCUCUCCUUGGACGCGGGCUCUGGGCAAGUCGCACACCACAUUUUUACGAUACAGCAACAAACUCGAACAACAUCAUAUGCGACCUUUUGUUUAAAAGACGGACCAGGAACAUAUCCUCCUUACCACCCCGAAAGACGACACAAAUCACCAGACGAUUCGCUUCGGGCAGUUUUCUUGUACUCGGAAUAUCCCCAAACUCGACUGCAGUAGAGACUGGGACAACUUGUGCAGUAGCCCCUGAAAAGAUUAUAGCCCAUGUUACGCAUAGGACCUACAAGUUCGAUAGAAGGCUUCUUCACGGCUCAUCAAGAAUUGCAUCACCACCAAGAGGCUCCCGCGCGAGCAAGGAUGAUCCACUGAAGAUAGAAGCACAUAUGGAAUCUCUGAGAUACAGUAAUGGAAGCUCCUGGGAGAAUGUCAAAUCUUCCGAAUAUGAGGCGAAUACGGAGAACACAAAGUCAAAGCAGGACAUGCCUAGGCUGCAACAGCCAGGACCAUCGACCCGCCAUCUGAUUGACCGUUUGCCACACAUGCCACAAUUGCACCGGCCCAGCAAAGAGGAGCUAUUGGCUGCAGCCAACGGCUUUUGGUCUCGGCUCAAAGUACGAUUCAAGUGGUUCUCAAUUCGAAGCGUUCGACCUUUUAAUCUGGACGAGAUAACAGCACUCUUUUCCUGGGUACUUCUAGGGCAUGUUGUCUGGGUUGUGUUAGGCACAACUACAUUCUUUUCCUUGUUGAUCAUCGCAAUCAAUACCGUUUUCGCUCAAGAAACCUUGGCUGGCUGGAUAGGUAACUAUCUCACGAAAUCUUCAGGAGUGAAAGUUGUGUUCGAGUCAGCGAUUGUCCCCAAGUGGAGAGAUGGCGUAAUAACGUUCAAGAAUGUCUUUGUCUCCAGGCGACCCGGCCAAGGAACAGGUCAUGUUAGUAAAGGCUCGCCUAAAACUGCAGCUGCCGUGGCUGCGGCUGCAGCGCUCAAUGAUCGGCCUAACUCGGACAUCUUGGAUCAACGACUCUCAUCGGUGGAAGAGGAUACAAACUAUACGCAAUUUGACCUGGCAAUCGAGACAGUGAACGUUACACUAUCAUUUACCAAAUGGAUCAACGGCAAAGGGCUGCUGCGUGAUGUCGAGAUUCAAGGGAUACGGGGCGUUGUUGACCGCAGAUAUGUUUAUUGGUCAGAUGAUGACCUCGACCCAAAAUCCUACCGGCAUGAACACAACCCCGGAGACUUUGAGAUCGAUUCUUUUAAGAUGAGCGAUGUCCUAGUCACGGUUUACCAGCCGGACAAUUUCAGACCAUUUUCUGUUAGUAUAUUCUCUUGCGAUCUACCACAACUGAGAAAGCAGUGGCUGUUUUAUGACUUCAUGUCAGCCAAUAUUAUGUCAGGAUCUUUUGACAAUUCGUUAUUCACUAUUCAUCCACGGCAGACUCAUAGUUUCACCGGAGCACAGUUAGACAACGGGGUAGGAGAGGACGGCAGAACGAGCCCUUGGAAAAAACAUAGCAGGAUACGCAUCGAUGGUCUGAACAUUGAUCAUCUAAACCGUGGAGUACAAGGGCCUUUCUCAUGGAUACAUGAAGGAACUGUCGACAUUGUUGCCGACAUCAUGUUUCCAGCAGAAAAUGACGAAAGCCUAACUAAGGUAAUGGCUGACAUUUAUGAUCGACUAGAAGCAACUGUCACAUCUACUCAGCACCGUGAUACGUCAUCGGACAACCCAACUCAGCCUGGCGAAACUGUUGGUGAGAACGACAUGCGAUUUUUAGUCACCGACUUACGACUGCACUUAAACAAUGUUAGGGCAGUUGUCCCCCUAUUCACACGUGAUCUCUCAUAUAUAAACAAUGCCCUCAUUAGGCCCAUUGUGGCAUACAUCAAUUCACGACGUACUUUCAUCCCUGUUAAUUGCCACCUUGUCAAGCGAGUUGGUGAUUUCGACGGCAGCUGGACUAUAUUCGAUAGCGGCUUAAUGGAUGAUCUUUCUGCAGCGGUGUAUGACGCAUUUGCACGAGAUGUUGUGGAUGACCAAGCACGCAAGCGACGUUUCAAGAAAGUAGGGUUUUGGUCACUCCAAUUAGCAGCCCAGGCUAUUUUUAUGGGUAUGGCUGGAAAUAUAGCAUGA